CCCUGAAUCAAACAUGAAAGGGACGUCAGGCAAAGACGACAGAGUGGUGGUACAGCACAAGUUUAACUUCUGGGACUUUGACAGAUCAGGAACAGUGCCGAUAUGGACAAUGGCACAGCACAUCCAAAGCCUAGCAUACCAGGCGAAAAUUAAGACUUUCUUCAAAUCACCUUUACAUGGUUAUCCUUCUACUGAAGUACAUGUCCUUCGGUCUCAAAGCUGGGAAAUAUUCCCGUCCUACUACAAAUGCUUUAGACCAGACAGCAUCCUGACAGCGACGAUAAAAAUGCUGAAUGUCGGUAAGACAUCUUUCACGGUUGAAACCGAGGUCUCUGAUACUUCAGCAGAGGUCGUUGUAAAGAACCUCAGUCAGUAUGUGAACUUUUGUAUGGACACACGUAAAACUAAACCGCUUCCUGAUUGGGUAAGAAAGCGUUACGCCCACCUGACGUCACAGCCACGCCCAACAACGGUCCAAGUCUUUGAAAGACAGGCCUUUACUACUCCGUUCGUUCACUCGGUAAGUGUUCAGCCAAGUCAUAUUGACUGGUACAAACACGUCUUUCAACACUAUUACAUUACCUACUGCUUCGACUGUGCUGCUUUGGGAGCACGCAGUGGGAUGUAUUCCACUGUCAAGGGAAACAUUCUCAAGCACAAGGUACGGACCUUUUCCGUGCUGUACCAAAGAGAAGCGCUAGAGGGCGACGUGCUUUCAGUUGAAUCAUGGGAGGACGAGAGGCAUCCUGGGACUUUGAAGUUUCAGGUGAAGAAGGGUUCUGUUGAUAUUGUGCAGAUGGCGAUUGCAUUCUACACAUCUUCUGACUUCAAAAAACAAGAGUCAAAACUGUAGACAUACUCAACUCAACUGCUCAUGAAUAAACGA